UAGGAAACGUGGUUAAUGGAACCAUUGGCAAACAGAUGGUAGACAUGCUGGUGGAAUCAUCCAGCAAUGUGGAGAUGAUCCUCAAGUUCUUCGACAUGUUCCUUAAACUCAAAGACCUCACGUCGUCAGAAGCCUUCCAUGAAUAUGACCCAGACAGCAAAGGACUCAUUUCCAAGAAGGACUUCCAGCGAGCCAUGGAAGUGUUCAAGCGCUACUCUCAAUCUGAGAUUGAAUUCCUGUUAUCCUGUGCGGAGAUGGCAGAAAGUGAGCUGCUGGAUUACCCAGACUUUGUGACACGUUUUCACGAACCGGCUAAAGAAAUUGGCUUCAACAUGGCCGUUCUUCUGACCAACCUGUCUGAGCACAUGCCCAAUGAUGCCCGCUUGCAAAAUUUCCUGGAACUAGCAGAUAGUGUGCUUAAGUAUUUCCAUCCUCAUCUUGGAAGGAUCGAAAUCCUCGGCAGCGGGAAACGGAUCGAAAGGGUCUACUUUGAGAUCAGCGAAUCCAGCCGCACACAGUGGGAGAAACCGCAGGUGAAGGAGAGCAAACGACAGUUUAUUUUUGAUGUCGUGAAUAAAGGAGGCGAGAAGGAAAAGAUGGAGCUGUUUGUCAACUUUUGUGAAGACACCAUUUUUGAAAUGCAGCUUGCUGCACAAAUAUCUGGUACAGAGAGCGGAGAAGAACUAAAAGCAAAGAAAGGCAAGGAAGAGAAAGAGGUGGAGAAGACAGAAACUCUUCCUGAAGACAAAAGGAUGACCAGAGACUUGAAUUGUUUCUCUGUAAGGAACAUCAGAAAACACAUUAGGAGAAUAUCUAUGAAGAGCAUAAUAUCAGUCAUCUUCUCUUUAUUCUACAACGUUCUGCUUUUCAUCACUCAUGCCUUUUUGGGCUUGCUCUGGUUCUGCCUUUAUCUGCUCUACCACAUCUUCUUGAGUGGAUGGAUUAUUGACGUAGCUAAAGAGAUGAAAUUGACCGACCUUUUUGGUGACCUUCGGGAUCCGACCAUGGUUGAGGCUAUAGGAGUGCAAGAUGCAUUCAGGGAGAAUGACAAUCAGGCACGUGUGUUUUCAUCUCGUGGUAAUCUCAGAGGCAUGAGUCUGGAUCUGUCUGCCGUAUCCAGGGACCCACAGCUCCUCACAGAUAUUUUCGGCUUAUGUCUGAAGAGGCAAGGAGGAAAGUACACAUUAUCGAGUGGAGACCAUAGUGCCAGUCUGGAUGAAUUUCUAAACACCUCCAAAUAUCAGGUUGAAAUCCGUGAGGAGGAUUUUCAUGCAGUGCAAGAUGAGGAGGAGGAUACAGAGACUAAGAAAGCUUUUUGCAGUGAUGAGGAUAAACAUAACAAGGAAAAGAAGGCGAAGAGGAGAAUCCGAAAGCUCAGCUCUUCAAAUCCAGAUGAAACUGAAAUCCAGGAAUGGGCUGUUUGGAAAAUGAUCAGCUCCCAGAAGACCAAGCUUCUGAACUGCUUUGCAAGAAAUUUCUACAACAUGAGGUUGUUGGCUCUCUUUCUCGCUUUUGCCAUUAAUUUCAUUCUUCUGUUUUACAAGGUUUCAUCAACCACUGAUGAUGUGGAGAUCGCUUUUCAUGACGAGAGCACCAAGAGUUCACAGGAAGUUUAUUUUGAACUAGAAGAGAACAGUGGCUACAUGAAAAUGAUUCUUCACUGCCUGGCUGUUCUGCACACAAUCAUCUCUCUUUGCUGUAUCAUCGGCUACUACUGUCUGAAGGUUCCUUUAGUCAUUUUUAAGCGAGAGAAGGAGCUGGCUCGUAAACUGGAGUUCGAUGGACUCUACAUCACAGAGCAACCUUCUGAAGAUGACAUUAAAGGCCAGUGGGACAGAAUGGUCAUCAAUACACCAUCAUACCCAAGUAAUUACUGGGAUAAAUUUGUGAAAAGAAAGGUGAUGGCGAAAUACGGGGAGCUGUAUGGAUCAGCACGCGUCAGUGAGCUGCUGGGUUUGGAUAAAGCUGCUCUUGACUUCAGCUCAGGGGCUCAGGAGAGGAAAAGACCCAUGCAAAAGGGCAUCCUCUUCAGAUUAAACACCACUGAUGUGAAGUACCACAUGUGGAAGCUGGGAGUGGUUUUCACAGACAAUUCGUUCCUUUACCUGGCCUGGUAUAUGUUUGUGUCAGUUCUGGGUCAUUAUAAUAAUUUUUUCUUCGCCGCUCACCUGCUCGACAUCGCCAUGGGCUUCAAAACACUGCGCACCAUAUUGUCAUCUGUCACACAUAAUGGCAAACAGUUGGUUUUGACGGUGGGACUGUUGGCUGUAGUUGUGUAUCUUUAUACUGUGGUUGCCUUUAACUUCUUCCGCAAAUUUUACAACAAAAGUGAAGACGGUGAACCAAUGGACAUGAAAUGUGAUGAUAUGCUCACUUGUUACAUGUUCCACAUGUACGUUGGCGUACGAGCCGGAGGGGGAAUCGGAGAUGAAAUCGAAGACCCAGCAGGAGACGAGUUUGAGUUCUAUCGCAUCAUCUUCGACAUCACUUUCUUCUUCUUUGUCAUCGUCAUCCUGCUUGCCAUCAUCCAGGGUCUUAUUAUUGAUGCAUUUGGCGAACUGAGAGACCAGCAGGAGCAGGUUAAAGAGGACAUGGAGACUAAGUGUUUUAUCUGUGGCAUUGGAAACGAAUACUUUGAUACAGUACCCCAUGGUUUUGAGUCACACACACUGCAAGAACACAACCUGGCAAAUUACCUGUUCUUCCUGAUGUACCUCAUCAAUAAGGAUGUUACAGAACACACUGGACAGGAAUCAUACGUGUGGAAGAUGUUUCAGGAACGCUGCUGGGAGUUUUUUCCUGUUGGAGAUUGCUUCCGGAAACAAUACGAGGAUCAGCUCAGCUGAAGAAUACCAGUUCAGUUUGUAUAGUUCAGCUGGAAAAUACAGCACUUAUGAAUUAUGCCUGGGACUUUCCUCUGAUAAGAAGAUGACAUAUUAUCACUAUUAUUUUUUGUGCUUGUUUGGUAUAUGUUAUAUAUCUAACACUACAUUUUUUUAUUCUUAUUUUAAUAUAUGUUUGAAGUAUAACAUAGACUGCAAUUUAAUGUCACUUUAGAAUAAAUGCAAGAAGAAUUUAUUAAAGUCA